AUGGAACUUUUGAUCAAACUUUCAGAAAUAUUUAUUGCACUUAUUAUCGAAAUACAGAUGAAAUUACAUGUGGAAGAGGAAGAAGGAUUGGAUAUGAAAUUACCACUUGGUUGGUAUCGUAUUGGUACGCAACAAAUUCGACACGAUACAUCAUGGUUUAAUUUAUAUCGAAGACGUGCUUCCGGUUCAGGAUACUGGGAUUUUUAUACGAUGAUUCCGGAACGAAAUUGUAUUGGAAAUUUUGGCCUUCAUGCAGGUGAGAAUUUGCCUGGUUCAGUGACAGUAAAAGAUAAGCGCUGUUUCGAUCGAUUGAUUCGGCAGAUUGAACGCAAAACGACAACUGAAAAAUUUGAUGUUUAUCAGUGCAGGAAAUGUAUAUUUCAUAGUUGUUGGUUAGGUUAUCGUUUAUUACCUGCCCAUCGUGAAUAUUUGACAAAUUUGAGAUCAAUUUAA